UUACUUUGGUUUUCCUGUCACCAGCAGAAGAAGAACUCAACCUGCUGCUGGCUGGUGCUCAGAUGCAGCAGCUUGAUGUUUAUCGAAUUAUCUUAUUAAAACAACACUAAAACAUUAUUAUAAUAUGUUCACGUGCUAACAGCGUCUUUAUACUUCAGCUAUUCGUCAACAGAACGUAAUAGAGUUCAUCAUAUGAAUGAAUGAAGAGAGUUUGAUCCACAUUAAACACGAUCAGAGCUGAUAAUGUUCACAGACAUGGACUAUGAGCUGGAGGAGGACAAACUUGGGAUUCCCACAGUUCCUGGAACAGUGACUCUGAAGAAAGACUCACAGAACCUGAUCGGGAUCAGUAUUGGGGGCGGAGCUCAGUUCUGUCCCUGUCUCUACAUCGUACAGGUGUUUGAUAACACUCCGGCCUCUCUGGACGGGACUCUGGCCGCCGGCGACGAGAUCACAGGAGUCAACGGCAAACCGGUGAAAGGAAAGACUAAAGUAGAGGUGGCCAAGAUGAUCCAGGCAGUGCAGGGUGAAGUUGUGAUCCAGUACAAUAAACUGCAGGCCGACCCGAAGCAGGGCAAAACUCUGGAUAUCGUGCUGAAGAAGGUGAAGCAUCGUCUGGUGGAGAACAUGAGUUCAGGAACGGCAGACGCUCUGGGACUCAGCAGAGCCAUUCUGUGCAACGAUGGUCUGGUAAAGAGGCUGGAGGAGCUGGAGAAAACCGCUGAACUUUAUAAAGGACUGAUGGAGCACACGAAGAGACUGUUAAGAGCUUUCUAUGAGCUCUCGCAGACUCACAGAGCGUUUGGUGAUGUGUUUUCUGUCAUCGGUGUGCGUGAGCCGCAGGCCGCCGCCAGCGAAGCCUUCGUGAAGUUUGCUGAAGCUCAUCGAAACAUGGAGAAGUUCGGCAUCCAGCUGCUGAAGACCAUCAAACCCAUGCUGCACGAUCUGAACACGUAUCUUCACAAAGCGAUUCCUGACACCAAACUCACCAUCCGCAAAUACCUGGACGUCAAGUUUGAGUACUUGUCGUACUGUCUGAAGGUGAAGGAGAUGGAUGAUGAAGAGUACAGCUGUAUUGCGUUAGGAGACCCGUUGUACCGUGUCAGCACCGGUAACUACGAAUACCGCUUGAUUCUGCGCUGUCGACAGGAGGCUCGCGCUCGAUUCGCCAAGAUGCGCAAAGACGUUCUGGAGAAAAUCGAACUCCUGGACCAGAAACAUGUUCAGGACAUCGUGUUCCAGCUGCAGCGCUUCGUCUCAGGCAUGUCGCGCUACUACGACGACUGCUACGCCGUGCUGAAAGAGGCCGACGUGUUCCCCAUCGAGGUGGAUCUGUCCCGAACCACGAUCAACUACAGCGGACAGAGUCUCUCAUACGAGGAGGAGGAGGAGGAGGAGGAAGAGACGAGCAGAGGAGAGGAAGACACUCUACAGACUGAGAACGGAGCUGAGAAACUCAUCGACGACGAGUGACUGAGGGAAUUACCAGAGGAAAUAAUAAAGAAAUCAACGAAGGGAAAGUGAAGAGUCUCAUUGUGACAGAAAGAACUACAGAUUGAAAGAGUAUGUUCAAGAUGAUUGAUAAAUAAUAUGAAUAAAAGCAUUAUAUAUAUUACAUAUUUAUAUAUAUAUAUAUAUAUAUAUAUAUGUGAUAUUUAAUAUAAAAUGUCUAUAUUAAUAAGCUACACUUUCAAAUCACUGGUCAGACAGAAACAGAAUCACUGGUUGCCAUGUUACAUACUUUAGAAUAGAAUGUUACGUUUGGUUACUAUGGUGACAGAAUUUAAACUUUUAAUCAAACAUUCUUUGUUUGGAGUCUUUGCACUCUUUGUUUCAAAACAUUUCAAAUGAACGGGACCUGAAGUUGAGUUGCACAACUUGUGUGAGUUUUUCUCUCUUUUUUGCCUUUGAAACGCUGGAUGAAUGUCUUUAAGCUCCAAUGAUCUGAACACUGUUUUAUUUUAUAUUUUAUUUUUUUGUGUGUUUGGGGUUAUUUAAUUUAACUCAGUUGUGUAAACUGUGAUUUAUGUACGUUCUAGAAAGAUUAAAUGUCUUAAAGGUUAGAAAAACAAAAGGUCUGAUGAAGAAAAACUCUUGUAAAACCUGCAAUGUGUGAGUAAAAAUGUAAAUCAAACUUGCUUUAUGGGCUUUCUCAUUAAACGUCUGAGUUU